UCGCGUUUGUCGCGUCUGUUGUUGUGGUUGUAGAAUUUCGGAGUAGGUACUGUUUUGACGUUUUAUGAAGUUCCGUGAAUUGCAUGUGUGUGAAUUUGAGCACAAUCUGUUUUUUAAACUGCAUUUAGAUCUGCAUGAAUAAAAUGAAACAAUUUUUAGUCUCUAAAAUUGCAAGAUUAUUGGCAGAGCGUAGAACUUUUACUACAAAAUAGUGUUGUGAGGUCACAGAACGCAGUUUGAUCCCAAAAGUAGGUGCAUUUAAUUGUGACAGGGUAGAAGGAACAAAAGGUCGUCAGCGAUCUCCCGCAUCAUGAUAAUCCUAGUUGGUUCCUGGCCUAGCUUUCGGCAAUCAGCGAUGUAUUGCCGAAGGGAGUUGUAGUGAAAAACGCAUCGCAAUAUCGAAGUAGCGCUUUCUCUAGAGUCAUGACCUUCCGUACGAUCCUGGGCCGCAAUGGCUCUCGGAAGCGGACUCUGCUUUUGACCGGUAUAUUGUUCUGUGCGGGCGCGUUGGCAAUGUUGGUCGGUCCCUUGUGUUACACGUCUGUAUUCGACGAUUCGCUUUCGUCCGCGUCCGCCAUGGUAGCUGCAGACAAAUAUAUAACAGGAUUGGACUAUAGAUCUUAUCCGUAUAAUAGGGAAAUGCCACUGAUUUUUAUUGGAGGAGUGCCCAGAUCCGGAACGACGCUAAUGCGGGCUAUGCUGGAUGCCCAUCCCCAAGUCCGAUGUGGCCAAGAAACCCGUGUGAUACCACGUCUGCUUCAGCUCCGUCAUCAUUGGAUAAAAUCGGAAAAAGAAUCACUGCGAUUAGAACAGGCCGGUAUAACAAAGCCCGUUCUAAAUUCGGCCAUAGCGGCUUUCGUGCUUGAAAUAAUUGCGAAACACGGUGAACCGGCACCCCGAUUAUGUAAUAAAGACCCUUUCACCCUCAAGAUGGGCACGUAUGUAAUGGAAUUGUUCCCUAAUGCAAAGUUUCUCUUUAUGGUGCGAGACGGUCGUGCUACCGUUCAUUCGAUUAUAUCUAGAAAAGUAACUAUUUCCGGUUUCGAUAUGACAAGUUAUCGUCAGAGCAUGAUCAAGUGGAAUCAAGCUGUAGAAGCGAUGAACAAUCAGUGUAAUGAACUUGGUAAAGAUCGAUGUCUGAAGGUGCCCUAUGAGCAACUUGUUUUGCAUCCGAGAGAAUGGAUGCAGAAAGUACUGAAGUUCCUCGAUUUGCCCUGGAACGAGACUGUGCUACAUCACGAAGAUUUUAUCAACAACGGAAUCAGUCUUAGCAAGGUUGAACGUUCCUCGGAUCAAGUAAUCAAACCGGUCAAUUUAGAGGCAUUGUCCAAAUGGGUAGGUCAUUUUCCGGACGACGUGAUCCGGGACAUGGCCGAUCUCGCUCCUAUGCUAUCCGUUUUGGGUUACGAUCCUUACGCGAAUCCUCCUAGUUACGGUCAACCGGACGACAUUGUUGCAAAUAAUACUCGUCAGAUACAGAAGAACAAGGAUACGUGGGACAAGAUUGCGAAGGACAUGUUCGGAGGAGUCGAUCGUAACGCAGGCGGUGGUGAUAACAGCCUCCUAGAUAAACCCACCAGUGACAAUCCUGACAGUGGUACGUGAUACGAGUACAACUUUAGUCUGCUCUGUUAUCGCCUUAAGUGCGUCAUAGAGACAGGUAUUUAGUCAAUUAUUGUUUAGCUGAAAAAAUUGCGACUGUGACUCGAUAUUAGUUAUAAUUAACAAACAAAAAAAACUCACCGUGCACUAAGCUGGUUGAAUUUUGUUAUCACUUACAUUAGAAAUCUAAUCCUAUUAAAAAAUCCGUGAAAAUAUAACUGAACUUUUAAUUUAGAACGUACUGUAACGUAGUGUACCGUACCUACAUAUUAAAUCAUAAUUAUUUUUAUUUGGAGCAUCAUGAUUUUUGAUAUCAUCAUUUUUAUUGCUAAAUUUAUUAGGAAUGCAACCAGCUUAGACCUUAUUUACGACAUAAGACGUUAAAAUAUAUCAUUUUUCUUAUUCUUGACUCUGCUAAAACGACAAAAUGACAAACAAAAAAUAUCCGUUUUAAUUAUGUACCUAAUGUUAUAUAUAAUAUACCUAGUAGGUAGUUAAUUCUGUAAAAAUUGAUGAAAUAUUUUUUUUAUGAAUAAUUAGUGUAAAAACAGAUGGUUUUUAUUAACUGGCGUACAUAAUACUAAACGAAAAGAACCAAAGCAUCAUAAUUAAACAUUUUAUUGUUAAAGUAUUAGUAUUAGAUAACGUAUUAUAACAUAAAAUAACAGUUUAUGACAAACAUCGAUAUUAUUUGAAGUCUUUUGAAGACGAAGUGCACGAAACGUGCAUAAUGAUGUACAUUUUAUAUACAUAGUAUUUAACUGUUAUUAUUUAAUUAUUAUUUACUUGUUUAUAAUUUUAUAUUAAUAACUUUUUGUGCGCUUUAUAGCGGAUUGUGAUUUAUAGAUUUUGUUUUGUUAGCUUUCGUAUUAAAAAAUUUUACGAUUUUAGGUGGUUGUUUGUAUAUAUAUAUUUUGAUGUUGUUUAUUUUGGUUUUUAAAUUUAGGAUACAGGUAAGUAUAAUUACGUUAAUAGGUUAAUUUUAAAAACUAUGACCUGACCUUCAUACGCAAUUCCAAAUAGGAUGAAAAGACAAAUCUGGGCUAAUGUGAUGGCUUAAUUAUUCCAAAUGUCGUUUACGCACUUACAGAAUUUUAGAUUUUUUUUCUUUGAAAAGUAUUCAGCAGGUGUCUUUUAUUAUUUUUUUUUUUUAUUUAAUAUUACCGCCUGAACGAUAAAAUAAAAUUAAGAUCAUAACCAACGGGUAUACAUUUAUCAGUUAUGACAUAACUCGAAAAUUAAUGUACAUUACCAUUAAUACACAUUAAAUUUAACAUAUUUAUCUAAACGUAUUCUGAAGAUUUCUUUUAAUUUUUAGUUGUUUUGACUUUUUCCUUAUUCAUUUUUAAGUGAUCUCGUUUUGAGGAGGCGUAAUUACGGUCAAACCCCCUAAUUAAGUUCGAGUUAGGGAAAAUUUCUGCUUUACCAUUAAACUUUUAAAUUUUCUUUUGAAGACAUCUCUUGUACUUUAGUUAUUUAUGACUCAACAACCAAAUGGUCGAUAACAAUUUAACAUUGUUGCUGAUUGUUGCUGUGUAAAUGCAUGUGUAACUACCAUUAUGACUAAAAAUUCAGGCCACUAAUUAUCACUGAAGAAGAAUAUUAAUCAAUAAUGUAAGAUUCAGUUUUUUUUUGUGGAAGAGAAGCAAAAUCCUGUUUCGCUUUUCGAGUUAGAGAAAGCAUCGAGAAAUUUAGAAAUUCG